AAACACCAGAAACCAUUACUAAAAUUGCUCUCCAAACACGGACUAGGUUUCCCAACACUUCACUUCCCCUCCGACAAAGCCUGCUCCCAAACCUAGUAAAAUCCCGCUCGUCACCUCUCUCCCUCUCUCUGACUCUCAUCACCUCCUUCUGAUCUCCACCGAUCGACCAGGAGAGAGAAAAACCAGAGGGUUCUAGCUUCAGGAUAUUCGCAAUCAUCCCCAAACCCAGGCUCUGAAUGGCGUCGAAGUUCGGCAUGGCCGGUGGCAUACCGGAGCGUCGGGUUCGACCAAUUUGGGACGCCAUCGACUCACGCCAGUACAAGAAUGCUCUCAAGAGCUCCGCUUCUCUUCUGGCUAAAUACCCAAACUCUCCCUACGCUCUCGCACUUAAGGCUCUCAUUUUGGAGAGGAUUGGUAAAUGUGAUGAAGCUCUGUCUGUUUGCUUAAAUGCCAAAGAGCUAUUAUACACCAGCGACUCCAUCUUCAUUGAUGAUCUAACUCUCAGCACGCUGCAGAUUGUAUUCCAACGACUUGAUCAUUUGGACAUGGCUACUAGUUGUUACGAGUAUGCCUGUGGGAAGUUUCCAAACAAUUUGGAAUUAAUGAUGGGGCUUUUCAACUGUUACGUUCGCGAAUACUCUUUUGUGAAGCAGCAACAGAUAGCUAUCAAAAUGUACAAGAUUGUAGGUGAAGAAAGGUUCUUGCUUUGGUCAGUUUGUAGCAUUCAGUUACAGGUUUUAUGUGGCAAUGGUGGAGAGAAGUUGUUACUUUUAGCUGAAGGUUUGCUGAAAAAGCACAUUGCUUCUCAUAGCUUGCACGAGCCAGAAGCUCUUAUUGUCUACGUUUCUCUAUUGGAACAGCAAUCCAAGUUCGGUGAUGCUUUGGAAGUUCUUUCUGGAAAAUUAGGAUCACUUAUAAUGAUUGAAGUUGAUAGAUUACGGAUGCAGGGAAGGCUUCUUGCUAGGGCAGGUGAUUACGCUGCUGCUGCUGAUAUAUAUGAGAAAGUUUUAGAACUGUGCCCUGAUGAUUGGGAGUGUUUCCUGCAUUACUUAGGCUGUUUGCUGGAGGAUGACAGUAGCUGGUGUAAUGGUGAUCCUAUUCAUCGAUCUAAUCCAUUGGACUGCAAGCUUUCCCACUUGACAGAUGAAGUGUUUGAUGCCCGUAUGUCAAAUGCAUCAGCUCUUGUACAAAAGUUACUGGCUUCUGCUAGUAAUGAUGUCAUAAGAUGUCCGUACUUGGCAAAUCUUGAAAUUGAGAGGAGGAAGUUCUUGUUCGGAAAGGGAGAUGAUGAAAAAUUAGUAGAGGCAUUGAUGCAAUAUUAUUGCAGGUUCGGUUACUUGGCUUGCUUCGCUUCUGAUGUUGAGGUGUUUCUUGAAGUUCUACCUCGUGAUAAAUCGACACUCCUUUUGAAGAUGUUAAUGGAAACCAUUGAACCUCCUGCAACAAUGCCGACAAAAGCGCUUGGACAGUCGCUAACCCUUUUGAAAAUUCAAGAGUCUGUUGGCAACUUCUUCACUCUCUCAGCAAGAGAACUUGGGGACAUAGCUGUACGAAUGGCGGAAAUGUACUGUAAGAACCUUCCACUUUCGAAGGACUUGGAUGUGCAAGAGAGUAUGCAUGGUGAAGAUCUUCUGUCUAUGGUGGCUAACAUUUUGGUUCAGUUAUUCUGGCGUACUAAGGAUCUCGGCUAUUUGGUGGAGUCAGUUAUGGUUCUGGAGUUUGGGUUAACUAUACGGAGAUAUGUAUGGCAGUACAAGAUUUUAUUGUUGCACUUGUAUUCUCAUUGGGGCGCCCUUUCAUUAGCAUAUCAAUGGUACAAGUCUUUGGACGUGAAGAAUAUCUUGCUGGAAACUGUUUCCCAUCACAUAUUACCCCAGAUGUUGAUAUCUCCCCUUUGGGUAGAUGUAGGUGAGCUAUUGGGGGAUUAUCUGAAAUUCAUGGAUGAACACUUCCGAGAAUCUGCCGAUCUUACGUUCCUUGCAUAUCGUCAUCGAAAUUACUCAAAAGUUAUUGAAUUUGUGCAAUUUAAAGAAAGAUUACAACGCUCCAGUCAAUAUUUAAUGGCAAAGAUUGAAGCACCAAUUCUACAGCUAAAGAGGACUGCAGAUAACAUUGAAGAGGAAGAGAUUGUCCUUGAAAGCUUGAAAUGUGGAGCUGAUUUUCUCGAGGUCUCAAGUGAGAUCGGAAGCAAAUCUUUGACUUUCAAUGAGGAUUUGCAGUUUCGGCCUUGGUGGACGCCAACCUAUGACAAAAAUUAUCUGUUAGGACCAUUUGAAGGAGUAUCCUACUUUCCAAGGGAAAGCAAGCAACAAUAUAUUAAACAAACUGAAGCAAAUGUGCCAAAAGCCGUUGAGAGGAGAUCCCUUCUUCCUCGAAUGAUUUAUCUGUCUGUGAGGUCUGCUUCCUUGCCGCUCAAGGAAAGUAUUGAAGCUAAUGGUUCUGUGUUUGACCCUAAGAUCUCAUUGGAGCUACAGAUUUUGCUGGAACGCUAUACAAAAUUCUUGGGAUUCUCUUUCCAGGAUGCAGUAGAAGUGCUUUUUGCGAUUUCAAGUGGCAGGAAGUCUUCAGAGGCAUUGAGUUCACACCUGAUUGACUGGAUGAACUUUGCCGUGUUUUGGAAUGCUUGGAACCUGAGCUCAAACAAGCUUGGGCCAGAUAAAGAUGCAUGUAGGCCCGGUACUUGGCACAUUGUGAAUUCUUUGCUAGAGAUUUAUAUUCUGGAGAAGCUCAGAUCCAUUGGACCCUUAGUUACCUCUCCCGGCUGCAGUCUACCUUUGUUAGUGCAAUUGGUUACAGAACCUUUGGCUUGGCAUAGUCUGAUAAUUCAGUCUUGUGUCCGUUCAUCUCUUCCAUCUGGAAAGAAGAAGAAGAAAGGUAACCCCACAGAACUGACGAAUUCCCAACUGUCUCAAGGAAUCAGGGAUUCGAUCGAGUGCAUGUGUGCUGUAUUGGAGAAGGUUGCGAAUUGGUUAAAGGAGCAAAUCAAGAUGCCAGUGGACGGAAACGUGGAAAUCAUACUUUCCUCAAUUCAGGUGAAAGAACAGAAUGAGGGGCCUGGAAAGGUUUUGGAUAUUCUAGAAACUUCAAUCUCAUCCAUGAAUGAUUUAGAAGUUGGUCAUCGGAUCUCUCAAGCAUUGAAGUCUUGGAGUUCUGCUGACGUGGCGAGGAAGAUAGUGACUGGACAUUGUUCCGUCCUGUCCCAGUUUCUCGGGAUCUGUGAAUCGAAAGUUAAAUCUUUGCAGGGACUGAAACUGCCGAUAUAGAAAGUUUGAAGCAAUCUAUUUGUGGUCGCGCAAGUUGUUCCUCGAUUUGACUUUCGUGUACUUUAAGUUACCUGAUUGGGUUGAAAAUUGGGAAAGAUGGGUUUGUUCUUCUUCUUGAUCUCCUUUCCUCAGAAUGAUCUUGUGCCGAAAGGCUACGCUUUGUGGGAUCUGGUUGAGUGCUGUACUCUUUUUUUUGGAGGCUUGUUUAUUUGUUCUCUCUUUGGGAAUGGAUUUUGAUUCUGUUCCACAGUGUACACAAUUGAACAUGUAGUUUCUUUUUUGAGCAUGUUUCCCUGUUGUUCAGGGCUGUAACAUUAAUUCUUUACUCAUAAAUUUUGGCGAAAUGUAUCAUUCAUUUUCUUGUUCAUCGAUGAUGUAAAAUUGAUAAAAUUUACAUGUUCGUGGGGAGGAUAUUUGUUCA